CGGCAAAAACCUUGUCAUCAGAAGGAUUAAUGCCUACAUUAGCAUUUCCUCAAUAAAAUCAGAAGCUAAGUGGUGGAGGCCACAGACACCUCAAACCUGGAUUCCUCUGCUCUGCAUUAAGUGCUGGAGUUUUUAUUACUUGCUGUAGGGAAGCCGUUGCCAAUGCUUACAAGGAACUGCUUAUCCCUGCUUCUCUGGGUCCUGUUUGAUGGAGGUCUCCUAACGCCACUGCAUCCGCAACCACAACAGACUUUAGAAGCAGAGCCAAGAGAAAAUGUUGUCCCAGUGCCAGGGAGGAGGUCAUCUGCCCAGCGAGUCAAACGAGGCUGGGUGUGGAAUCAAUUUUUUGUGCUGGAGGAGUACAUGGGCUCCGAACCUCAGUAUGUGGGAAAGCUUCAUUCUGACUUGGACAAGGGAGUGGGCACUGUUAAAUAUACCCUUUCAGGAGAUGGUGCUGGCACGGUUUUUACCAUUGAUGAGACCACAGGAGACAUUCAUGCCAUAAGGAGCCUAGAUCGAGAAGAAAAACCUUUCUACACACUCCGGGCUCAGGCUGUGGAUGUUGACACCAAGAAACCACUAGAGCCUGAAUCAGAGUUCAUCAUCAAAGUGCAGGACAUUAAUGAUAAUGAGCCAAAGUUCCUGGAUGGGCCUUAUGUUGCCAGUGUCCCAGAAAUGUCUCCAGUGGGUGCAUAUGUGUUUCAAGUAAAGGCAACAGAUGCUGAUGAUCCCACUUAUGGAAACAGUGCUAGAGUGGUUUACAGCAUUCUUCAGGGGCAACCGUAUUUCUCCAUUGAUCCAAAGACAGGUGUAAUAAGAACAGCUCUGCCAAAUAUGGACAGAGAAGUGAAAGAACAAUAUCAAGUUCUAAUCCAAGCCAAGGACAUGGGAGGACAGCUGGGAGGACUAGCUGGUACUACCACUGUAAACAUUACUCUCACGGAUGUCAAUGACAACCCACCCAGAUUUCCUAAGAGUAUCUUCCAUUUAAAAGUACCUGAGUCCUCUCACGUUGGUUCUGCUAUUGGAAGGAUAAGAGCUGUGGACCCUGAUUUUGGGAAAAAUGCAGAAAUUGAGUACAACAUAGUUCCAGGAGAUGGAGGAAACUUGUUUGACAUUACAACAGAUGAGAACACCCAAGAAGGAGUCAUCAAACUGAAAAAGCCAUUAGACUUUGAAACAAAAAAGGCAUACACCUUCAAAGUCGAGGCCUCCAAUCUCCAUCUUGACCAUCGAUUUCACUCGGUGGGUCCAUUCAAAGAUACUGCCACUGUGAAGAUAAAUGUGCUGGACAUGGAUGAACCUCCAGUUUUCAGCAAGCCUAUGUACACAAUGGAGGUUUAUGAGGAUACGCCUGUGGGGACCAUUAUAGGUGCAGUGACAGCACAAGACCUUGAUGCUGGCAGCAGCUCGGUUAGAUAUUUCAUCGAUUGGAAAAAUGAUGUGGACAGCUACUUUACAAUAGAUGCUACUGAAGGAACCAUUGCUACUAAUGAAUUACUGGACAGAGAAAGCACAGCACAGUACAAUUUCUCUAUAAUUGCAAGUAAAGUUAGUAACCCACUAUUAACCAGCAAAGUCAACGUUAUAAUAAAUGUCCUGGAUGUCAAUGAGUUUCCUCCUGAAAUUUCAGUUCCAUAUGAGACAUCUGUAUGUGAAAAUGCCAAACCAGGACAGGUGAUACAGACUGUCACUGCAGCAGACAAAGAUUUGUCACCAACUGGGCAAAGGUUUUCCUUCAGACUGUCAGCUGAGGCUUCCAACAAACCAAAUUUCACAGUCCAUGACUACAGAAACAACACAGCUGGGAUUGAAACCAGGAGAAAUGGUUACAGCAGAAGGCAGCAAGAGCUAUACUUUCUUCCAGUAGUAAUAGAAGAUAGCAGUUACCCUGUCCAGAGCAGCACAAACACAAUGACUAUCCGUGUUUGCAGAUGUGAUUCUGAUGGUACCAUCCUGUCCUGCAAUGUGGAAGCAAUCUUCUUACCAGUAGGCCUCAGCACAGGAGCACUGAUUGCAAUCUUGUUAUGUAUUGCUAUACUUCUAGUCAUUGUGGUACUGUAUGUAGCACUACGGAGGCAGAAGAAAAAGAACACCCUGAUGACCUCUAAAGAAGACAUCAGAGAUAAUGUUAUCCAUUAUGAUGAUGAAGGAGGUGGAGAAGAGGACACCCAGGCUUUCGACAUAGGUGCCCUGAGGAAUCCCAAAGUGAUUGAAGAUAAUAAAAUACGCAGGGACAUAAAACCAGAUACCUUGCGUUUUCCACGUCAAAGACCACCAGUGGAAGAUAACACAGACAUAAGAGAUUUCAUUAAUCAAAGGCUGCAGGAAAAUGAUGUAGAUCCAGCUGCACCCCCUUACGACUCCUUGGCAACCUAUGCUUAUGAAGGAAAUGGAUCUGUUGCAGAGUCUCUCAGCUCUAUAGACUCCCUUACUACAGAGGCAGACCAGGAUUAUGACUAUCUGAAUGACUGGGGACCUCGCUUUAAGAUCUUGGCAGACAUGUUUGGAGAAGAAGAAAGUUAUAACCCUGACAAAGUCACUUAA